CCAAGAAACCAAUUAAACCUGAGGCAUAUUGACUGUAAAGUGUGUUUUGAACAUUACUCUACAAUUCUUAAAGGUCACAAUACAAGUUUAUAUCAGUUUUCAUUGUGAAGCAAUGUUUUCGAGAAAAGUUUUUCUUGUUUUCUAUGUUUUGAUGAUACAAGCAUUAUCAACAGCCGAUGAAAAUACUUCGACAAAUUCUUGCAUGACUGAAACUUCAACUGAUGUCAAAACAUCUACGUUUACAACUGAUGUCAAAACAUCUACGUAUACAACUGAUGUCAAAACGUCUACGUAUACAACUGAUGUCAAAACGUCUACGUAUUUGACGUCAACUACUCCAAUGACAACCACUGAAAUGAAUUCAAAUUACAGUGUUGAUUUAGAAGGCAAUGAAACAGAAGAGCAAGUGUCAUUUGAUUACAGAGGUAUGGACACCGGUUACAUAGAUUUGUCACUGGAUAUCGGAGAAAGUUAUGAAUCAAGCGUGAUUCCCUACUGUGAAGCAUCAGAUAAGGUCACUGUUACUAUAGACAUUGCAAUACGUCAGCUCAUCAAUUUGGACGAACCAGAACAGAUAUUAGUACUCAGUGCAUGGAUGCGAUGGGGCUGGUUUGACUGUAAUUUGGUUUGGAACGUAACAGAUUACAACGGAACAAAUAAAAUCAUUUUACCGAUAGAAUCUGUAUGGAUGCCAGAUAUCAGUCUAUAUGAAAGUGUUGCAGAAGAGUUUUUUGGAUUGCUUGAUUACAGAGCUAUACUCCACAAUGAUGGUACUGUGAAAUAUACGUUUCCAACAAAACUAGAAACCUUUUGUCAGUUGGAUGUGUCUCGAUUUCCUUUUGAUUCACAAAUUUGCACGUUAACGUUUGGUUCAUGGGUUUAUAAUGGAUUCGAAAUCGAUGUCACUUCACUGGUUGGUAAAGUGGACCUGUCCCAGACUAAAGAAAACGCAGAGUGGAGUAUCACCAAAGGUGAAAUCGUCCGACAUGAAGUUAUUUAUGGAUGUUGCCCAGAACCGUACCCGGAUGUGACAGUUUACGUCUAUAUGAAAAGGAAACCAACCGGUUAUGUAAUUAAUAUUAUUAUCCCGUCAAUGCUCGUAACGUCUAUUGCUAUUCUUGGAUUUAUACUUCCAGUUGACUCGGGAGAGAAAAUAGGAUUACAACUAACUGUGAUGUUGACCAUUUCCGUUUUCCAGAUGUUGGUUGCUGAAAAAUUACCACCUUCUGCCGAUGUUGAACCUUUGAUAUCAACGUUCCUGAAGUUUACACUUGUAUUAAGUGGUGGAUCAACUCUAAUGCAGGUCUUAGUUUUGAAUGUAUAUUAUAAAGGACACAAAAAAAUGCCAAAGAGUGUCAAGUAUUAUGUCUUACAACCUCUGUCAGUUGUAACGCUGGUUCCAAUACCAGGAAUGAAAAAUCACAUCUGUAAAUCUAAACCAGAUACACAGCUGGUUAGACUAUUCCAUGGAAUGACUGGCCGGAAGUCGCCAUCAGACGACAUAACGAUGGAACCAAAUGACCCUGACCUGUGGAUGUACCUGUCUGUCAUACUUGACAGAUUAGGCUUUGGUUUGUUUGUUCUUGUUUUGAUCAGUGGUACAGCGCAUAUAUUCGUGCGCAUGAACACAGAAUAAUCCUUUUCGGAAGGUGUAAAAAUAAGUUGCAUAUUGUACAUACGUAUAUUAAAAUUAAAAACAUUAUUUUCAAGAUUUCAGGAGAAAAUGUGUCAUUGAGUUUCAUUUAAUCUCUCAUGUUAUAGAGAACACAUAUAAAAUAUGUGAUUUCUG